AGUCGCACUUUUACAUGUUCAAGAUCAUUUUUCUCUGAAGUCAUUGCCUGCGCGCGAAAGCACCCUCGAUUGUGGGUGCCUGCCACGAAUGAUCGUCAGCGCGUGCCCAGCAGCCAGGCGCGUGCUAUACGCGAGCGGCAAAGAAUACCGAGAGAGAAGCUUCGCCAUGCGAGUCACGUUCGAACCGCGUCUCAGACCUUCGUCGACCGAGCUGUCCUCCCUCCGGGACGCUCGCAUAGAGAAAGAAAACGCUCGCUCCUCGUCGAUCGCCUCGUCCCUGCAGGACGCGGCGUCCAUCAAGGCGGCGUCGCCCGACGGCAGCGGCGUUGAGCUCGCCGCAGGGCCCGCGGACUCCGACGUCGGCUACCGGCCCCGGCGCUCGUUCCUGCAGCUCUCGCUGGCUGCCGCGGUGGGAAUUUUCGCGCUCUUGGCCACCGCGGCCUUCGCCUUCAGCGUGCUGUUGGCCGGCUUGGCCACCUUCCUGGAAGACGAAACGGGCAACGCCAGCACACUCGACGCCGGCGACCGUGCCGUCGUCGUGAGCGGCGAGCGGGAGGUUGGGCCUGCCCCGAAACCGCACAUCAAGUAUGGCUUCGAGGACGAGCCCGUACACUGGGGAGAGAGUGGGGGCGAAGGACUCGAUCUCGGCGCUAAUCCGGAAAAGGUGGUGCCAGAUCCUCGGUGCGGCCAGUUCCGGUUUUCCUUCUGCAGCGAGCGUAAGGGUGGUGCGUACUUUGAUCCGACGCUGGCCUCUUGUCUACCGGUCUCGGCCGAAAUUGUCUACGUGUGCAACCGGAGCCCCAACCGGUUCUCUUCGCUGCACAAGUGCCGUCGCAGCUGUGUGGAGACCGCACGGCCGCAUAGGCGGUGCAUGGCGACGCCGGAGUUCUCGCACUGCAGCAGGGAGUUAACGAGCAGCAUGUGGUUCUCGAACGGCACCAAUUGCGAGGAGUGGCGCUUCCCGCAGGGCCUGUGCCCGGCCCGGGGCAGCUCGGUCUUCGCGAGCGCUCGUCAGUGCCGCGAAACCUGCCUGCGGCCGCGGGACAAGCUGCAGUGCUGUCACGAGCCCAAGCCGCACGUCUGCGCUUUCGGGCAGCUCAAGUACCCGUAUUUUGCCGCGGUCGGGUACGACGGGUGCUUCAGGUGCCUCGAGGCGACCGCGAGUACGCUGUUGGGCUACCAGUGCUUAAUCGGCGCUAACAAAUUCGACACGAUAGACGCAUGCAACAGCACCUGCGUCGACCACGACAACCGCGAGUGAAGAAGUCGUCGAAUGCGGUGAAUUCUCUUUGUCCGCGUGUUCAACAUUUUUUUUUCUCUCCUCGUCGACGUGCCUCGUUGUUUGCACGAUGAGGAGCAGAUUUAAUAAACAAUUUUUGUUGCAUAAA